AGUAUCCGCUUCCGGUAAAACAAACAGGCGCUAAGUUUUCAUGAAAACCCCGCUGUAUGUUUACUAUCGUCUUGGUGAAUCAGAAGUGUUUUGAAGAAAGCUUUUCACAUUUCACUUCUGUUUCAGUGCAAACAAAGCAUGAGUCAGUUGUCAGACUCAGAUUCCUCUGAAGAUGAUGCACGUCCAUCAUUUGGGGGAUUUGGGAAAAGAUCCCUUAUGGGGGGAGGUGACAGUGGAGGGGGGGAUCCAGACAAUGGGGAGCCUCACUCUAAAUUCAUCAAGACCAACACUGGCGCCAAGGGCUCCGUCAGCUCAGCGAAAGUUAGCAAGAUGAUGGAGAAGAUGGGUUACAAAGCUGGCACAGGUCUUGGAAAGUUUGGUCAGGGACGUGUGGAGAUCGUGGAGGCAUCCAAUCAGCGAGGUCGGCGCGGUCUGGGUCUUCAUCUUGAUGGCCUUGAGGCUAAGGACAUCGAGUGGAACUUUGAAGAGGAAGAGGUGAUCAUGGAGGAGGCGGUGGAGUGGUGCCUGCCCUGUGACGUUCCUGUCCCCACACUGGAGGAGAUGAUAGCAUGGAAGCGUAUUGGACCGAAAAAGAGAGAAAUCGACGAUGAAGAUACAUUCUGUUCACCAAAUAUUCUACGACUGAUUCUAGGAAGCAAGUCCGUGUUUGAUCAACUGGAACCAGAAGAAAUGAGACGAGCAAGAACGAGAUCCAAUCCUUACGAAACUAUCAGAGGCGCUUUUUUCCUCAACAGAGCUGCAAUGAAGAUGGCUAACAUGGAUGCUCUGUUGGACUUCAUGUUCACAACACCUAAAUCUCCUGAAGGUCACAAAACUGUUGGCCCUAACGAACUGCUGUACUUCGCGGACGUGUGUGCCGGCCCGGGUGGGUUCAGUGAGUACGUUCUGUGGAGGAAGAAGGGUGAUACGAAGGGCUUCGGUUUCACGCUACGAGGCGGCAAUGACUUCAAAGUGGAAGAUUUCUUUGCUGGACCAAGUGAAAUGUUCGAGCCUCAUUAUGGUGAAGGUGGCUUGGAUGGAGAUGGGGACAUAUUUAGACCAGCCAAUCAGGAAGCAUUCACCAAGUUUGUCCUGGAAAACACAGACGGGAAAGGCGUCCAUUUUGUCAUGGCUGAUGGUGGUUUCUCAGUGGAGGGACAAGAAAACAUCCAGGAGAUUUUAUCCAAGCAGCUGUAUCUGUGUCAGUUCCUGGUUGCACUGUCCAUCCUGCGUGAAGGUGGCCACUUUGUGUGCAAGUUGUUCGAUCUGUUCACACCGUUCAGCGUGGGCCUGGUGUAUCUGAUGUACCAAGCCUUCCAGAAGAUUGCCAUCAUCAAGCCAGUCACAAGUCGCCCUGCAAACUCAGAAAGGUAUAUUGUGUGCAAGUGGAAGAAGGGCGACAUUGAGCCAAUCCUGCAGUACAUGAGAAACAUCAACCAGGAUCUGUGUGUCUACAUGGGGGCCACAUCCAAACAGGACGUCAAUGAAAUUGUCCCCCUUGAAACGCUUACCGGAAAUGAGGAAUUCUUCAACUACAUCUUGAAAUCGAAUGAUCUAUUAGGACGGAACCAAAUAAUCGGUCUCAAGAAAAUCCAAGUGUUUGCUCAAAAUGUGGAUCUGUAUGAGGAACGACAAGCUGAUGUCCGAGCUGACUGUCUCAGACGGUGGCAGGUUCCUGAUGAAGUAAGGAAGGCUCCUCCUCGGGCUGAUCCAUCCCGGAAGUUUGCUGAGCUGAUCGGUGAUGAAAGUAAAGACUACUACGAGCAUGCUCCAACUCUCCUGACACAUGAAACUCUGUCACACGUCAAGAGUGUCUACGACUACAUGUGUGCUGUCAUGGGAGAAGGACAUCGCUUCUAUAUUCUCGGGCUCGGGAAAGCCCAUGUAUUCAAGUGGGACGGGAGGGGGAAGUGUCGCUGGACCAAACUGGAGGAGAACCUGAGGCUGGAGUUGCCCCCGGAUACCUUGUUGGAGGUCGAGGAUGUUCAAGAACUCAAGGGGGAGGGCCGUGGCCAGAGGCGUCAACGGACAAUACGUGCUAUAGAUGCCCUGUUUUUGUGUGGGAUCGAUGUCCGAAACAAACACUACAAGGAGAGAUUUGAAAAGUUACAGAAAUUUGUGAAAGCAAUACGGAAGCGGACCCGUUCAGAUUUAGCACCGGUUACAGUUCCCACAGUCUUCAAGCUUGAAGACAUUGAACACAUAUUUGACAGGCUCGAGAUGAAGAUUGUGAAGGGAUGUGCAGGGAAGCCGCGCUUAUGCUACUGUACGGAGGACGGCAACUACUUCCACCCCCAUGGCAUCUACUUCAUCAAGACCGUCAAAGAUCCGUGGAUGAUGGCGCUAAGUCGGUCUGCCAACAGGAAGUACUGGUACAACACAGCCAACAGAGAGUCAUCGUUCGAGUGCCGACUAGAUUGUAUCGCAUCUGUCAGAGACUGUAAGAUGAACAGCCUCCAGUGGCUGUGGGAGAAGGGGGUGAAAGUGCACGACAGUCAAGAGGAACGAAACCCUGACAAGCUGUCCCGAGAUGACGUCAUGAACCACAUUGUGAGACUGAUGAAAUGAGAGUCACAGAGUGACAACAGGACAGGACAUGCUGAGAUCUAGCUCCAGGUCGAUGACCACCGUGGUGACAGGUGCUUAUCAAUCUCCAAUACCGCAGAGGGUGACAUCAGACGACACGAUCUGAUAGCGACUUGCUGGUUUUCCUCGGUCGAGUUGGGGAGUCUGGAGGAUGCCUGAUGAAAAGAUCUGUGAUCAGGAUCUGUGUGAGCAUCUGUGAUCUGAUCUGAGAUCGAAGGAUGUGUGAUCAGCUGGUUCGUUCGAAGGAAGGCACUUUCGUUUUGUUAAUGGAGGUCAGUUGUCCUUGUUUUCAACAGGUUCCAUUCAUCUUCAUCUCCGUUAGAGAACACCCUGUGACGGCCAUCUUGUUUUGCCCAGAUCACCCAUGUUGCCACGGAGACGGUGUGUUUGAUUCAGAGUACUCCAUAAUGAGCGGCUUAAGUCAAGUAAAUCAUAUGACAUCAUAAAAUUAUGAACCUUGUGCUUGUCAAGUGGUCGAAAUUAAGGGAGGUCCUUAAAGUCUCCUGAGGCAUUUGAAUCUAGACCCCCCAAAGCUAGCAUCCUGACUUGGGAUGGACUCCUUGUUUUUCUUGCUUGAUUUUGAACACCAAAUAGUGUUCAUGCCUUAUGAAUUUACCAAAAUCUGCUUUAGAUAUACUUUAGAGUUAGAGUUGGUUUGUUACGUUGUAAUGCUAUGCUUGCAUCUUGUUUCUGGCAGUUGCCUUCAGAAUAAUUGGAAUGCAUCAACAAUGUUUAACCGUUUGAAAAAAUGACAGCACAAAUAUUCAAAAUACAGUCAAGUUCUGUUAAUCCGACAUGGUUGGUUGCAUAUGAUUAUGUCGGAUUAAGGAGUAUGCCAGAUAAACGAAAUUAAGUAGUAUCAACGUUUGUGAUCGAAAAUCG